AUGACAUGUCACCUGUUCAAUGCCAUUCCUGACGCUGAGUGUCUCGGCACAGGCUCUCGCAAGUGUGUCUGUCCUGGGACAAAGUACCUCGAUGACACUCGGUGCAGUCUUAGGAAGCAGAACGGACAGGUAUGUCUGGACGUGGAAGAGUGCGCUGUAACUGGGGCUAUCUGCAGUGACACCUGCCAAUGUCUUGACAACCACUUGCUGAAUGGGACCACAUGCACACCAAAGGUGACCAAUGGUCAGUCAUGCGGUGAUGUGACCCAUUGUCUGAUGACAGGCGCAGUUUGCCUCAGUAGCCUGUGUCAGUGUCCAGCUGGCACGUACAGGAAUCUGUCAGGAAAUACCUGUACCACAUUGAAGAUGUAUGGGUCCUCGUGUGACACUGCUGAUCAGUGUGUGACAGCGGCAUGCUCCGAAUAUAAGUGUACCUGUCCACUGGGACAAUUCUUCUCUGCGUCAUUGGCAGCCUGCCAGACAAAGCUGGCCUAUGGUGCCUCGUGCAAGAAUGAGACUGGAGAGUGUACUACAUCCAAUGCAGCAUGUAUUGGUGGCGUGUGUGGAUGUUCUACCCAGCGAUACGUAUCUGCUGAUAGGCUACACUGCUAUGAAAAACUGGGUAAUGGCCAGUCUUGUUCCCAGGCCAGUGAGUGCUCCUAUGGGAAUGCUGUGUGUCAGGAGGGGCAGUGUACAUGCGGGAUCUCCACUUAUGUGAAUGACACCUUGCCAGCUUGCGUACAGAAGAAGGCAAACGGUGAACCUUGCACAACCAGUGUGGAGUGCAGAUAUAGCGAUGCAUUGUGCAUUGCUAACCUGUGUGCAUGCCCUACCAACAGAUAUGAGGACACCACUGGCUGCUUGCCAAGGAAAAACAAUGGUUUAAACUGCACACUAAGCACUGAAUGUUUGAUCACUGGGGCCGAGUGUAUUGGUGGGGCAUGUGGUUGUUCUGACAACAAGUACCUUGCUAAUCAGCAGUGUCAAAACCGUCUAGCAUAUGGAAUGGCCUGUGACUCUACAAUCACCAACCAGUGUAUGGCAAUGUUUGUGUGUUCUACUGUCACCAACACCUGCGUCUGCCCUGAGGGGUUUGCCUACGGCGCUUCAACUUGUGAUUUCAUUCCUACGACAACGCCUCUACCUGUGACACAGGCCCCGGAUGAGGAGGUAGUUGUUGGCCUGGAUGGAGAGGUUGUGUUUGACCAGCCGUACAGGGCGGCAUACAGCAACACCAGCUCACAGGAGUUUAUAGAGGCAGCUAAUGAGUUUGAAUCUGCGAUGACUUCAUCAUUCUCGAAUAACACAGCCUUUGAGUCGGUCGAGGUCACAGGAAUUCUCCCUGGCAGCUCAAAGGUGGAGUUCAAACUCAAGUUCAAGAAGACUGAGCUUGUUUUACAAGUGAGUGGUGGAGAUGACACACCUCCUGAUACCACCGAUGAACUGGCUAAACAGGAAUCUGCUGUGAAAGCUGAAGCCAUCAAAGACCUGCUGCAAGUUGUAAACAGAGAGCUUCCCAAGAGGUUAGAGAAGUCGGAGAAACUGAAAAAUCCUGCAGCUGUGGAUCCAACUGAUAUCAUAAUUGAACAGGACCCAUGUAAAGAGACAGAUAAGAUAGUUGGCAGAGCCGGCAGUCGCCAGUGUCGAGGUGUUCUCAACCUCCUGCAGAAGACUAACAAGCCAGCCAGCCUGUGCAGAGCCUACAAUCGACUGCUGGACUGUGUUGCAUUCUUGUUCAGCCAGGAGGACCUCAUCUGCCACUGGAACACCAUGCGAACAACUUUGGAGACCCUUGCUGUUGGGGCCAUAUACCUGGCACGAGAAACUGUGAAACCAUGCGUCAUUGGUAACAUGUACAUGUUCACUCCCCUUGCUAUGGUGAACACUGCCCAACCUUGUCAGGACCUGACCAUGAUGAGGCAGGUGGCUCAGACAGAAUGCAGGGACCAGCUGAUCAAAGUACAGCUCUCCAAGGAUAACUGCGGUCUGGUGGAUGCUCUGUACAGCUGCGUGGUCAAUGAACUAGUCCUAAUGUUUGGUGUUGAUGACACAUGCCCUGGGGGCAGCCCAAGCAAGGCCUACUUCUUAACAGCUCUCAUUGAUCACAGCAAGGAGGUCUUUGAGAGUGCAGCCACUCAUCUGGAGAAAUGUCAAUACUGUGUUGCACCCAAUGUGGAUCAUGUCUUCAAGACCCAGUGUGGCCACAGCCUUGAUGAUAUGGCAGGGGUGGAUAUUGACACUGCUUGUUGGUUCAUGCAUCAGGAGAUCAGUUGUAUUGCUGCCCACACCCGACACUGGCAGCCCGCAUGUUCCAAGAUGUCAAUUACUGAACUCAUGUCAACUGACCCGCGCUUCCUGGCUUCAGUGGUGCAGCACAGACCGGACAUCACACUUGAGCUCAUGCAGCAGUGUGCAGGCAACACUGAAAUCCCCAGUUAUGGCCCCUUGUCUCCCACCAGCGUGUGCUUGGAUCAGAACUACCUGCUGUAUGUGAUGCAGUUCAGAUGCCCGCUCGCUAUGGAAAGUUACUACUCCGACAAUGCAUGCAAUGGGCUAUUUCUGGUAACGGACUGUGUACGUCGUACCAUAUCAACCUCAGCACAGAGGGAGUGUUCAUUUGAGGAGGUCUUCAAGAGCCUUACAUACAGCUUUCCAGAGUAUACGCUGAACGCAGCAAACACGUUUGGAACUCUGUACCCUGACAUGCAAGGAUGUUGGGAUCACUACACAAAUCUUAAGUAUAGCUCACAUGGGGAAUGCCAACUAGCAUUCCAUCAGCAUUUCAAUCAGUUUGAUAAGUGUUUGGAAAUGGACGGCAGCAUUUCGGUGUUACAGCUUACAAAUGUCCUAAGGAGGUUGCCUGGACUAGACUGCGGACUGUUUAACAUCAGCCUGGAGCACUGUUUCAAGUUAGCAUUCGAUGACAUGAGCGGGAAGUGUGAUGCCCAGUCAAUCGCAGAACCCCUAGCUGGACAGUUACGUUUAAAACUUCAGCGCAAGACAAACUAUGUCGCCAACUUUUUGAGAUGUGCAAAUGGUACAACUGUGGAGGACAGCUGUUCUGAAAGGACUAGAAAUACCACUGUGAUGAAAUGUCUUUCUGAAUGGCAAGUCAGAGAUGCUACAGAUGGUUGUGGUGCCUAUGCAGCCUUCAGACGGUGCCUUCAAGAUGGAUUUAGUGAGGUGAAAUGUGGAGUAAGAGACAUGAAAAUGUUCCUUGCCAUGUUUGCCAAUGUGUCCAACAUAUUUGGUGUGCCUGACCAUUGCUAUGAUGACUAUGAUGGUGAGGCCAUGUGCGGAAGGGCACCGACAAACUGUGACAAUGUUGUCACGGCAACCUGUGAUUCACACAAGACUUGCAGGGAGGGACUUCACUGCUGCCUGCAAGACUGCCAAUACAAGUGCAUAGACACACGAGAAAAGGCUGGUUUCUGUCCAAGGCCAGUCAAUGGGAGCUUGGAAUGUGGGAACGUGAGAGUGGGUAACAACACGUGUUUUGUGGACCAUGACUGUCCCACCACUCAGAAGUGCUGUCACACUGGUUGUUCCUAUGUAUGUGCUGCCAUUACCACCCUACCAGAGUACUGUACGUCACUGACUGAUGCUGGAGUAUUGCAGUGCAUGAGAAACGUAACCACUGACUAUUUGUCACAUGAGUAUGCAUCCUGGAAAAAAUGCAGGCCAGUUGACCUUCUGGCAGAAUGUCUGGCCAUCAAGUGCUCAAAGGAUGAUGUGCGACAGCAACUGUCAGCAACCCGUGACAAUGUCCUAAAUGUGUCGUCCAGUCUCCAUAGCGAUGACUGGAGGUACCGGGCACUUCGCAGGGCUCUCGAAAAAUACGACUACAAGAAGUGCAUGGACAUUGAUCACCAAGACGUGAAUCCAUGCUACUCCCAAAGCUUCCAACGACAGAAGACGCAGAUGUGUCUCAACCGCCAUUCUGGGGACAUGCAUCUUCUAACUGUUCAACCUGACUAUAAGCUCUCCCCACAGGCUUGCAGGCUCUAUGCCCAGAUCUUUGAUUGCAUUACCAUUGCCCUGAGAGAAGAGGGAGGGGACUGUGUUGCAGAAGAGUUCACAAUAUCACAAGCCAUACAAGAGUACCUGCCAGAAUUCCCAAAGGACAACUACAUUUUCAGUGGCAGUUGCUAUGGUCGUCUGCCGGUGUGCAGCUAUUACUUCUACAUGCGGGAUGCAAGGUGGCAGUGUGAAGAUGACCUAUUGAGACAACACAGGGAAAGCUUAUCAUAUCUCUAUACUUCUACCAGCACCUCUUGUUUAAAUGAUUCCAGGCUACAAGAGUCUUUCCGCAAGUAUUUGAUGUGUAUAGCUCUGAAAGGUCUUAGAGACACGCCAAUCUGUACCGUUGAAAAAUACCUCGAGCUGAUUGAAUCCGACCCCCUGACUGUGUACUUCAACAAGGAUGUGCCUUUGAGCAAUUGCACUGGAGACCAGUUCCUGAUGAACAUGUCCAACCUGGCAACAAAUACCUGCUCCUCCCCAGUCUAUGUGAACCACAUGGCUCAAGUAUACUGCAACGGUAGCAGGAUGGAGGACCGCAUAUGUUCACUGAAUGCUAGCAGCCUCUAUAUCAACAACCAUUGCCUUGGCUAUGACAUAAUGACAGCAUGUAUUGAGACAACUGGUGAAUCCAUGUUUGGCGUGGCAUGCAAAAGAAGGGAGAUCACUUCAGCAUAUGAUAAAAACACUUUUGGAGAAUUGAUGAAGCUCAAAGAGGAAUGUGAUGAUUGGCAGUCCCAGCAGAGUGAAGCAUGCCUCUACCCUCUCAUGAAGAUGUACGAUAAUGCCACCAAGUGUAUUACCAUGCUAUUAAAUGCUUCAUUGGCUCCUCCCUUGGCUACGGACGCUGUCUGUGGUGCCUUUGGUCAGAUGCAAGACUGUCUGAUCAGGCUACUACGUAACGUCUCCAUUGACAACACCGAAACAUGCCGGACCAAGAUCCAGGACUUCAACUCACUUCCUAAACGCCUCCUUGCUCUGCACAUGUCGCUGUACGGUGCUCAAACAUCAUGUGACUCGAGCCAGGUACCGGCAGAAGUUGCCUUGCGCUGGGACCCACGCAUGGACAGAUGUAAUGGAUCUAACACUCCUGCUAAUUCCGACCUCUGUGCACGUGAGAACUACGGUGCUCUGGCAUAUGCCACAUUGCGGUCAUGUGACAUGACAUCGUACCUUUAUCAUGCUGCAGAAGACAAUGAUUUCAACAAGUGCUGGUCAGUGUACAACUCCAUUAUAUGUGGCCACAAUGUGACCACUGCUAUGGGUGCACAAUGUAGCAUGGAGCAAGUUGAGUUGGCCCUCAUGGCUCAUAGCAGUGCCUUCCUUCAAAUGCAUGACUUUGAACUGGCCACAUGUGGAGCUGGUACCUGCUAUACACUGGCAGCUGUAGAGAUAGCGAGGUCAUGCAUGAACUUGGAUCUGAUACGGGCUAUGUUUGGCAAGCAGGACACCAAGUGCAGGUUUUACAACUAUGGGUUCUGGUGUGUGAAGAACAAACUGAGCAGGAUAUGUUCUCCAACAGACGCCGAAAUUCAUGGCUACAUCCACCGUUUCAUCAACGAGACCCACUUCAGCUCAUCAGAAAUGGGCAAUUGCAGUGUGGAUGAAGCCACUGGCUACAUAUGCCAGUCUCACCAGGAUGUUAUUGCCCUCAACCCACGCUGUUACAUGCAGAUGCAGGCUGUUUCAAACUCAACAAAGACAGCAAAGUUCGCACAAACAGGUCAAUGCAGUGGCCUGGAUGAGUUAAAGCAGUGCUUGGCUGAGUCUGUGCAGUUGUAUAUUGGGCCAAGAUGUUCCGAGGCUGAACGUAACACCACCUUCACAGACAUGGCAGCUCUGUACACUAGCUGGAUGGGAUAUUCUUAUGCACAAGAAUGCUUCAGAACUAAGUCAGGGGUAUGCCCAGUGAGGCAGGCAACAUGGCAAGAAAGUUGUUUUGGUUACAUGCCAGAGUGUCUCCGUGACAACCAUUGCCCUGGAGACGAGCUCUGUUGCUUCUCUUACAUGAGGGGUGACUGCCGUCAGCCUGUCAAAGAUCCAGCCACGUACAGCAUAUGGAUCUCCGUGAUGUCAUCUCAAUGGCAUCAUGAUAUGUAUGAAAAUGAAAGCAUCGAAUAUCUCACGUUUGUUAACACUCACUUCCCAAAGCUUCAAGCAUGGUUGUCAAAUGGACGUUUUGAUUCUGCUAAAAUGGGCAGCCUUAGAAACAACUCUGGAAGUGUGCAGAUGGAGAUUGUAGUGACAAUCUUGAAGGGAACCCAGGAUGAUGGGCUCAUGGUUUCACCUAUCGAGGGAUAUGUUUGGAGUGGGGAAAUGUUCCUUCACCAGAAUCUGAGUGGUGUUUCUUGCGACAAAGACAGAAAAUUGCUGGAUUAUAUAGCAGAGUGUCUCCAGGGCAGUUUUUCUGACUCUGCAGACUAUAUGAACUACUUUGAGGAUUACGAAACAUGCAGAAUGGUGAACUCACUAAUUGGCUGUGUAGGAGGAAAGUGCUACAUGGAAAACUGCUCCAUUGAAGAGGUCUAUCAUCUGAUCUCUACAAAGAAAGACCAUGUCUCAAAAAGACUUGAGUUUCAAGGCCUAGCCACUCGAGCUCAGAAGAUGAUCCGAGCUUUGCUACGCUAUGACUACCAAACAUGCAAUAAAAGUUACCAUAACGACAUCAGCCCAUGCGCAGAUUCACAGCAGAUUGGACCUGUGGUAACACAGUGCCUUAGCCAUUACCCCAGCUUAAACCUAACUGACCUAUCACCUAACUCAUGCAGGAAACUGUAUAUGCUGAACACGUGCGUCAUCUCACAGGCUCGCCACUUGGGUGUAAGGUGCCAAUCUUGGCAAAUAUGGUACCAGAUGAAAGAAGUCCUAUCUGGAAUGAACCAGACUUUGAGAGACGAGGCCUUGAAAAUGUGUGAAGGAUUCCGCCUGGUGUGUUCGUUUGAGACCUUAAAGAAUUUGUCCAUGUACCAGUGUCAUCAAAGCGACCUUGGUCCAAAUGUGGGCUGCAGGAAAAAUAUGGCAUGGAAUGCAACGGUUGGUCAAGCGCUUGCGGACUUUGUUGUGUGUGUACGACUUGAGGCGCUAGCUGUGGGCGAGACAGAAUGUACAACCAGGGAGAUCCUAUCAGUGAUGUCGAAUGACCCUUACCACAUUGACCUCAUAGCCAAGGGAGAGAACCUUACUACAUGUUUGCCAGGUAACAUCAGUAUCAGCAGUGGUGAGGGCGUAUGUACAAGCAUGGAGGCUGUCCGCUUCCUGUCUAGAAACUGUUCAGGGUGCGACGCCCAGCUUUCCCGUAUGGCAGACACAAGUCUGGCUUGCAUGCAAUUCUACACUGGGUCCAGCUGCAUUCUGGAGCAAUUGUCAAGAUUCUCUGGCAGCUGCAAUAUCAGCCAUCUUAUCACCAUGGCAACACUAGCAGAUCCCUCCGACCACAUGUAUCUGACCACUGAGCUGGCUGACACUUGUACAGCAUUAUUUAGAGGUGAAUCCAUGUCCAAGUGUGACCACCAUGUGCUUGCCAACACAGAGAAGGCAGCCAAGUGCCUAGAACCAAUCAUCAACUCAGUCAUCAAUGAAAUUGAACCCGUGACUGACAUAUGCAGGCUCUUCUCCUUGAGUGGUCAGUGUCUGUCCCAGCUGGUUUCUCAAGGUCAAGGUACAUGCGAAGGUCGUAACCUGACCGACCUUGUAAACCUGGUGCAUAAAGUGCUGCAAUCUGAAAAAAACGAAUGCAGCCAAAACAGAACCCAGAACGUUCAGUUGCCAUCAUGCAGAGUGUCAGACACACAUGUGGACCUUUGUGACACGAAGGAUAUGUCCGUCUCUAUGAAUCUUGCCCGUCUAACAUGCGGGCAGCAACUGUACGACAGAUUCACACAGUUUCUCGGAGUUCUGCAGCCUUUAGAUACAAAACUUGUUGACCUGAACUCAUUCAACUGCAGGUACCUACAAUCUGCGAAGCAAUGCCUAAAGAAUGCAACAAAGGCCAAUUUUCAGGAAUGCAAUGAGACCACCUACACCACCAUCGUGGCAAGUCUGCCAUCAGAGUUUCUUCCCUUUGACACUGAUACCUCGGUCUGCAUAACAGAUCAUUGCCAGAAGCAGUUGGACAUCUCUAGAUGUGUCAAUGACAACAUGCUUUCUAUGGCAGUCUACCAGCAAGAUGCCUGCAGCAUAAUGAAGAUGAUAUUACUGUGCGUGAAGCGCUCUGUCAAUGUAACCUGUGCAGACAAGAUCGCGUACUCGCAAAUUGUCUCUUUUCUUCUGGAAUCCGAAAACAGCUUCGGUCCGGCUGUGGUGAAUUUAAGUAGAGUUUGCACAGACCUGACAGAAACUUAUGAGACUGGGGGAGACUUGUGUGUGAAUGAGUCCCUCCUCGCUGAUGUCACAUACUUUAAUUGCAACCAACAGCUCUGGCAACUGAACUAUGAUAGCAACUGCAGUUCCAAGAAUGAAGUUCUAGCCUGCGCCACUGGCCUGUUAGAUAAAUAUGGAAGUUGUAUCAUAUCCCAUAAGCCUAUGUUAAUCAAGCGAGCCCUGGUGAAUUCAGCCGAGAAGUUCUUCUUGACAGGGGCUGCUAACUGCUUCCGAAACUCAAGAAAUGGUACUUGCCCCUUGGCUCAGCUGAACUACUUCUGUCGGUCGUGCAGUAAUGGAGGUGAGGUGAAUGAGUGUGUCCUUGACGACGAAUGUCCCGCGGGCAAGUUGUGCUGUCAUGAUGGCUGCUCCAAGAAAUGCGUUAACAAUAGCCCAGAUCCAUAUGAAAUCAGAGACAAGGAAGGGGACUGCCCGGUGUAUUCUUUUGACUGGAGUAACGUUGGUGCAUGCUGUAGUGACCUCAGUUGCUCUGGAAACAAGCGUUGUUGUCCCAUGCCGAACCCCACAUGUCUGGAACCUCUGAAAGUGCCUUCCUGUAAUGACACUGCCACACUGCUGGGAAAGUUGCAACCCUGUGGGCUUAGUCUGGCAAUGCUUUCGGACGGUGUAACUUUGGAGUCGCUUUCAUGUGGGACCUUGUUUGAGAAAGUGACCUGUCUAACAAAUGAGCUCAAUAAAGACAGGCCGCUGUUUGGUGAAUGUUCGAGGAAGUCAGUAAAGAACACUUUCCUAAAGUUGGCCAGAGACUACAAUAUAAAUUUCAACAGUCCUUCAGUUGUUGACUGCCAAAUUCACCAAGUGAUUGUUACAAUUUCUCGAAACUCGACACGCAACAGACGACAGUUGCAACCAAGACCAGGUUGUUCUGUAACAGAUGAAAUAAUCAUUAACCAGUACCAACUGCUGUUCCAACAAGAAUUGGAAAGGGCUCCGGCGCCUACGGCAAUACGUACUGGAGACAUCCAAUGUGAUGGCAGCGUGAUUAUAUUCUCAUUCACUUUCUUCACGGAUAUGGACAUUGCACCAUUGUACUCGUUCCUCUACGACAGCAUCAAUACCACCACCUUAAAUGUUUCCGUCAUCUUCAAUGUCAUGCCUGAGAACCUCAGUGGUUUAAAUCGCUGUGAGGACAACAGGACAAUUAAUGCGUUCGCUGAAAAAUGUGCACUUGAGGCAGCUGAUACUGUGGGUUGGAGACAGUGCAGCAUAGCGAUUCGUUUUCAUCAAUGCAUGGGUAGAAUAUCUUCGAUCAUGGACAACACUGGGAUCUGUUACAUGUGGAACAUGACUGACAAGAUGCAACAACACAUUUUUGACCAUCUUCAAUCCAUCGCCGACAUUCCAGUCCUUGUGGUCACUGCAUUACAGCAGUAUAACAGGACUCACUGUGAAACAACAGGGGAUGAGAACCCCUGCUACUCGCCACACUUGCUCAACACUUCCUAUGAUGAAUGUAGCGACCAGUUGGCAACAGGAGUAGUCUUCAACUUUACGGACAAUGCCAAUGAAAUCUACGGUAUCACAGCGCCAAUGUGCAGGUUAUUCUACGAGAUGACGUCCUGCGUUUUUGUUAAGUUACGCUCUAUAGGCGGUGAUUGUCACCCAUACUCAACGGAGCAAGAUGUGUAUGAGAUGAUUCGGCGCAAAGAGUUGAAUGGGCACUACCUUCCUACCUCCUCAUACACACUGGAUAGUUGUCUAGAACAUCAGCCUGUGUGCAACUCGUUGUACAUUUUUAAAGCCAAAUGGAUAGGGUGUUAUAACACUGAACAGCUUUAUAACAAUACCUGUCAGUCUUCGUCCGAGAGAAAUUCCAUGAAAAACUUCCUCAGCUGUGUCAGUACCAAUGCUGUACUGAACAAUGAGAGUUGCCUCCCCUCCAGCGUGGCAGACUUGAUCAUGGCAGACACAAAAUUGUUUGGGCUUCUGAAUACCCAGACUCAGUUCUCACAGUGUGUCACAGAUGCGGAGCUGACAGUGCUAGAUGCCCAAUAUGACGGGGAAGUAUGCACGAUGCAGCCUGUCCUUGUACAGGUCAGCAAAAGCUGUAUGUCUGAGGCCAACAACCUUUGCCCACAAAUGCUCAGUACCAUUGCAGCCACCAACCCAAAUGCAGCAUGCAGUUUUCUGACAGCGACGAGCGAGUGUGUUCGACGGAGUCUCCAGCAAAGGACCAACCUGUCGUGUGACAUCAGUUCCCUUCUUAACGUUACCUAUCCACAGUACUGGCCCCUUCACUUGCCCCAAGACAUCAGGGCCACAUGUAUAGCGCAAGUGCAGCAGCCUGUGUAUGAGACGUGUUACAAAGAUGGUUUCUAUAGCAACAUCAACGCCACAUUGUUCUGUGUGACCCCUGCAAUUCUCGGAGCAACACAAUCCAUCAGCAGUCAACACUUGUGCAGACUGCAAGAUUACGGACUUGCUUGUCUGACCGCACUUGCGAGCUCGUCACAAGCUCAGUGUUUGAGGGCUGAUGUACAUGAGGCGUUCCAGUCCACACUGGCGGGAUACUCUGCAGAUAUCAGCCUGCAGACUUGCGGGAGAUAUGUCUAUCUUGCCAGCAAAUUCGCUUGCCAAGCACCAGCCACGCUGCCGGAAGUUAACUGCAACAGCACCCAGUUGAUUGCCGAUGUUGUCACGGUGACCUGCCUCCUUGACAUCCGUAAACUGGCACAGAAUUUCACUGGAGGCAAUGUCUCAAACUGUCUACUGUACAAUGCCCUAAUUGAGUGUGGGAAGAAUGCGUCCAUGUUUGCCAGCCGCGCAGAGCGCCAGGGUUGCUCAGACCGGGAACUGAAGGUCGCGCUCCAAGCACACAGUCAGCAGGUGAAGAACGUCACUGGUAUCAACACGACCAUCUGUCAGUCGCAAUGUUAUGACAACUUGAACGCUAUUGCCAACAACUGCACAAUGGACACUUACAUCAUGUACUCGUAUUACUUAUCAAUCAAUGCAUGCAGUGCGUUUACCUACACGUCCCAGUGUAUACAUCGUCGUCUGCUGCAACAAAAUGGAGGCCAGGCCUGUGAUCCUCAGAUUGCAGUAUCUGUAGCCAGAAACAUCCCUGCGUUCCAGGGUCUUGAUUGCCCAGACCCCUUCAGACAAGAACUUGACGUAUGUGACAACACGACCAUCGCUGCAUCGGUGGCCAUACAGUGGUGUCAAAGAGAGCUCGAAGGAAUGUAUGCUUUUACCACAACACUUAACGGCCCAUGCAGAGGUUCCUCUGAACUUGAAGCAUGCAUACAGAGAAGUUUACGCUUGUACUCUCUCCCUGGCGGUUGUCUUAACAACCAAGAACAUAGCAGGGAAGUCAUUCAUCGUGUUGUUAUGCAAGCUGCAUCAGCACUUGAGAAGUAUCAACAAGGAUAUCUAGCUUUACUACAAAAUUGCUUUGGACGCUCUCAGAGAGAAGGCUUUUGCCCAGUUCCAACGUCGAGUUCCUGUGAUGUAUACUCUGGUAACUGGAGCAUUCAGAACAACUGCACAGACGAUGAUGACUGCAUGGAGAGUGGGCAAAAGUGUUGCUAUGAUGGCUGCAAGUUGAGAUGCCUCCAAACAGCAUUUGAGAAAGCCAAAUAUUUGGUCAACUUCCACAUCAGGAAUGAAACCUACCCUCUCACCACCAAUAGGUCAUAUGAAGUAUUUUUUGAUCAACUGUUUGGAAAUGUAUUCCCUGGUGACAGAGUUGAGUUCAAUGGCCUCGAAAGAAGUUUUGAGAACUAUCCAAUAUUCAAGUUCUACCUCUGGACAUUCCGACCCGUCACGUACCAAAUUCUGCCUGCAGUUCUGAAUUCACAAACGGGUGGAAGUAUAACACUGUAUUUCACAUUCCAACCAGACAUGACGAUUGGAAGCUGUGGCUAUGGUAACUAUUCGGACUGCGGGCCAAGUGAGUGCCGUGAUGAUUACACGUGUCGCUAUCGGCUACGCAGCAGCAGGUCAAAGUGUUGCUAUAACUGCAAGGGGUAUUGUGCAUUAGUCGAAGAAUCGCAGUGGCAGAGCUGCACAGAUAUGACUGCCAUGUAUAAUGAUACCCAGGACUUCUGUGUGCAGGAGAGGGAUCAGCUAAUGAGGGUUGCUAGCACUACACGCUUCUUGUCAUGCAGGAGGCUGGCAGAAUACACAAGCUGUAUGACCAACAAACUUCUGAGUAGCUGGAGAUCGGAGUGUUCAGAUAUGGCCAGGAACUUUAGUGAGCAUGUAAGCAGAUACCUAAACCAGUAUAUCUACAGCAGUGGCAACCAAGGAAUGGGUUUCUAUGUGAAUGUAGAUACCUGUCGAAGAAGUUCCUGCUACAAUGUCACAAAGAUUCAAGAGGCAGUCCUCAACAGCUGUUUCCAUGGCGUUACACAGUUUGCAAUGGUUGGGCAGAUGAAUGCAACUUCUUGCCAGUUACUACUGAACGUGUCAUCUUGUGUAAGGGAAGCUUUAUACCGGAUAAAUUAUAGUGACUAUGACCACUGCAAUGUGACGGACCUGUACCAUGUCGUGAGAGAUCUUGUAAGAGAAAUGAUGCCAAAUAUGACCUGGAUUAAUGGUUCUAUUUGUGAUCGUUUGGUGUGUUUCUCAGCAAACCUAGAGAGGUUUAAGACUGGGUCCACAGUCUGCGCAAGUCCUUGGUCCGCCUACAUGGCCAACCUGGGCAGGGGAGACAACUGUGUAAACUUUGAGAAUUUCAUCACCUGCCUCCAGACCCAAGCAGUAGCGAGAAACCAGUCUUGCCCAGCUCAGUCUCUGGUUUCCAUGGUAACCAGUCUGGGCUACGAUUACAUAUCCGACAACCCUUUGUGCUCUGACCUGUGCAAUCUGACAUGGAGCUCAGAUAAUGGUAACAGCUCCGUUGUUGUUAAUGUUACUUUGAAUCCCCGUAUGGACAUAGCUCAGUUCACUGUACACAUCCCAGCCACAAGCACAAGUAUAAAUAUGGCUGCUGCAAACAAAUGGCUCGGAAUUGGUGUGAAUACACGUAAUCAAAUGAUUGGAACCGAUGCAUACACCAUUGAGACACUAAAUGCUGUUAACUACACUGUGAAGAACAGGUAUGCCUCCCAAAGGUCAACGCCAGCAGAAGACUACACUGUAUAUGCCAACGUUUCCGUGAGACAUUCCAAUGGAGAGACAUGGCUAACGUUCAACAGGUCAAUAUCUGGUGCCAAUCCAGCACCCAACGACCAAGCCCUAAACAGCAUGUUGUACAUGGUUGCAGCACAUGGUAGCAUCUCAUCCGGGCAGAUCUCACAACAUUCAGUGAGAUAUACCUCAUCACAGCCGUUCAACUUCACCUGCCCUACGCGAUUUGCUAUCCUCGAUGCUCGGCUACCAGACACGACCAAUCCCAUGGCAGUCUGCUCGCAUGUGCCCCUUUACCGCGAUGUACUGCAGUACCAGUGCAAGGACUUCAGCUACAACAUGCUGGAUUCCAGAGAGACAUGCAUAAUUGAGGAGUACGUGAUGGGGUGCCUGGUACAGGUGAUGUCAGAGUACAACUGCACUGGAGACCUGGUGCGCAGCAUGAGCCUGAGACCGGAGGUCAGACAGGGGCUACUGGAUAGUAACAUUGGAUGUGACACAGGUCUGUCCCCAUGUGGACUGAAGCUGGUGGCCAACACCUGGCUCAUCCGCAAUACCUGUUUCCAGUGGAUGUGGUCUUCACUGCAUGUGGACAACAUGAACAGGGCAAGAAAUGCAGACAACACCACUCUGCUGAAAUGCCGGUUAUUUGAGGAUUUCAUUGGCUGCCACAAUGCAGCUUUCCCGGACACAAUGGUAGACUGCCCCAGCCACGCGUUCUUGGAAGCAGCUGAAGUAAUGACGGAGCUUUACCGGAAAAUAACCCAGUACACACUGGCACCUACCAAUGAAUCACUUCAGCUGCAGACUGACUGCGCCACACGUGUUGCUGAUUUUCCUGCCUACGAUCAUUGUGCUAAUGGAACUGCCUUAUUGGACAGAAUCUCUGGCAAAUGUCUCGCAAUGCCUGCCAAAAUGAUGACCAUGUACAACAUGUCCGUAUGCAGUCCCAUAAUGACACAGGCUAUAAUGAGCUGUGCAAGAGAAUCCAGAACUUGUUCCGAUGUAAACACAGACACGUUUGAAAACCUUGUGCACGAGGCAAUGGAAUCCCACGAGGAGUAUGUCAAGAAUAUCACCAGGGGUUACACUCUGCAAUCGUGUGACUCCAACUGUACUCACACCCUGACUAAUAUUUCUAUGAUGUGGCCAGAGAUGAUGAGGUAUUCAAUAACUAUCCGUGACCUGCCGUAUGGAUUUACAUCAAAUAUCAGCAAUGCAGAAAGAUGCGCGAUAUUUAACGACUACCACAUGCGCUAUGAAGAAUGGCUGCGUCAGAAAGUUCCAGAAUGUUCGCACAGUGUUGCAGCACUUAUGAACCAUCUUAUGACUCCUUUCCACAACCUGUUUGACUCGCAGCGUUGGCCUCGUUGCCAAGGUUCCGAGCCUAUCUGUGAGCACAUUGGAAUCGUGAAAGUUGCUCAGUGCAUGAUAAACCCCUAUGACGCUUGCGCGUUUGACGCCUGUGCAUGGGAGAACAUGAAGCGAGAUUGUGAAGACAAGGUGGAUGUUAAAAGAGAGCUGCAGAUAGCCUACAGGAGAAUGUACAACACAGAACUUGCGGAUUGCCUGUCAGGCAAUUGUACCAGUCGCUUGUACGAUCUUUUCUACAACACCACUAGUCUUUACAAGCCAUAUGCAUAUACCCGAUUGUACAUGGCAGCCCUGACCAAGACUGAAGCCUGCACAGUGUACGCAUACCUCCGUAGCAAUGCUAUCGCACACCUGACAGGUCAUUCACCAGAAUGUGAUGUCGAACGUUUCCUGCAACAGAACCUGGAUGUUUACCUACAGACUCAGAACCAGUCUGAAUGCAAUUACUGGGACACUGACUACUGUGGCAAUGUGGGGCCAAUCAUGCUGAUGAAAUGUCUCGAUUAUUAUGACACUGGGGAUCUUUGCAGGUUUGAAGAGUGUGUGAAGGAAAGGAGGUCAAUUUCUGUAUUCAAUCAGUGCUUGAUGAUAAACGAUGAUGAGGUGAUGACAAGAGUCAGGAAUACAUUCAUGCGUCUACGGAAUGGAAGUGUGCUGAAAACCUGUGGUUCAACAGUGGUGAAUCCUUGUUCUGUAGACUAUUUCACUGUCGCACGAGAUACGACAUGCAGCAAAUACUGGCAGUAUAAUCUAACACAAAAUUGCAGCAAUUACCAGAAUUUCUUGGGCUGCAUCAAUCUGUACUCCCUGAUGUACAAUUCACAACCAUGUGGCUACAAACAACUACAUUUUUUGCUUGGUACUUGGGUUUAUAACCAGACAGGGCAGCGGCCAAAAGUCUGUGGGGGAGUAGAACUCAUGACGUCAGAUAAUCAGACAAAACUUGAAGCGAGUACAGACGGCCAUGAGGUGUCAUUCUUUGUGCAGACAACUGCAGAUUUAAAGAACUGGGACUUUGUGAUAGCCUUCUCAAUGGUCAGAACAAGGAGGCAGUUGAUGGUAGUAGAGAAAGAUUGGAUAGUCCUUUCAAACAGAUCGUAUCAACUGAAUGUCACAGACAUGUUUUCCGCAUCUGGCACUCCACAGAAUGUCGCUUACAGUGAUGCGAGGUUUGGUGGUGAAAAUAAUGUCAAGGUUGUCUACAGCAAGAAAACCUAUCGAGGCUUUGAGAUAACAUUCAGCAGACCCGUAAAUGCAUCGGACAUGUAUGAUUUACCCGUGUCAGGAUCCUUAACAGUUGAAAUGGGCCACAACUCAACCAUGAACCCUUCAACUGAAUUGGCUGGUUAUGUGUCUAAAGAGACGUACUUUUAUGAUGCCUUAGCUGCCCUUGACCAGUUCUUCCCAAACAGUAGAGAGGCAGUGUGUUACAGUGGGAUAGUAAUUGGUGCAAUCCUCAGUGAAGAGUGCGCCAGGGGAGGCUACCUUGAUGCAGACGCCACUGAACAGACCAUGUGCAUGACUGAAUGGCGGUCGCUAUUGUGUGUGAAGAACAUUCUGUCCUCGCUAGGCCUCAUUUGCAGCGAGUACAGCCUGCGAAUACUCUUUAAUCAUCAGGACUUCAGGGCUGUGUACUUCCCCAGAACAGGUCCAUCAUGUGAGUCCCAUUUCCCCUGUGAGACCCAUGUGUUACAGAAUGGUGACGCUAUAGCAACUCAGUGCCUCCCUGCAUCCAUCAAUCUCCUUUACACUCCUGUGGCCGGCUUCCUCAACCAAACCACCUUGAAUGGUUCUGAACUGAUGUCAUGCAAUGUGUGGCGUCAAGCUGUAUUCUGCUCUCUUGGAAUCCUGUAUGCAAGCAACCACACGUUGUUCGCCACUUGUGGCAUCACUGCCACAUUCCAUCCUUCACUCAUAGCCCUGACCAACAUUGCUCUGGACAUGCAGAAUGAUUCGCCAAAAUAUGAGGCCGAUCAUUACAAUCAAUGCACUUCAGGACUGGACUCUCCGCCUUCCAGCCCCUGCCCGGUAUCCACAGACCUGCUAUACCUGGUGGUAGGGGCAUGCAGUAGAGACAUCGUAGGGAAUGGAACGCAGCAGAAACAGUACCAGGAUCAGUGCAAUUCACUAGAAGCAUGUGUGGACAAAAUAAAAAUGGCCUACCGUGGAUACUGUCCUACAAUAGAUCAAAUAAUGUCAGCUACUAUGCACGAUUUAGAGAACCUCAGCUACGUACAGACAACUAUUGGCUUCAAUCCCAUGGGGUGCUCAGAACCAGACUGCUUGGAUGUGUUGAUGAUUUACAAUACAACUAAGUAUGACUGCAUGCUUGACCUAAACAACGUUUUGCGCGCAGACAAUAUUUCCAUGGAGUCGUGCAGUCUGCUAAAGGAACUGCGUCUAUGUAUAAAUGAAAGCAUGGUAAGGAGUAGAACCGAGUGUACAGUGGUAGACUAUGAUGUGGUGCUCACCAGCGACCUCAUGCACAAAUAUGUGACCUUGUACCGGGCAGAGUUUGGUGCUGCUAUGGGUGAACCUUCCUCCAUGUACUUCAAUUUGUAUCUCCUCGAGUGUUCUUCAAACAAGUGUUGGAGUGCAGAUGCCAUCGAAAGAGAAAUAAUGGACCAAUGUUCAGACAUUGUCCAGACAUUUAAGUCACACGGGUCAAUGAGCAAACAAGCCUGCCAAGAAAUAUUCAGGCUGGCACAGUGCGUAACAGAGAGGCUGAAAGUCACUCGAGGAUACAAAUAUGAUUGUAACAUCCAGAAUAUAUAUGGCUUCCUAGCUGAUGGAGCCCGUGACUUCACAAACCUGGACUGGGUUAAUGCCAGCUUCUGCCAUGAGUUGGUAUGUUUUGCACCCAAUGUGCAGCAAUACACCAACAGAGAAUGCAACCGAUCCAUGGAAGCGUACAACAACACUCAAAACUGCCACCAUUUUGAAAACGUGCUCCGAUGCGUGAAAUUCCAUGCUUUCCUGAAGGGGGAAACCUGCCCAGCGUCAGAUUUACAGAACACCCUGCAACAAAUUAACCACCAGGCAGCAGUCUCUAUUUGUCAAGGAUCGACCUUUGAACUCAUUGAUGCAGAAAUGCCCACCGACAUGCAGGCAGUAUGCUCCAACGUUGGUCUGGCAAGAUAUCUGUUGGAAUAUCAUUGCCUUAACGGUCUCAACUACUCAGUUCUGGACUUUGCAGAAAGAUGUUUAUAUGAUGUUGCUAUGGAGGGGUGUCUUUCUAACCAAAUGAACACCUUCGGAUGCGGUCUAGUGGAUGUGAAAGCAUUGUUUAGCGCAAAUAAUUUGAGGAAAGGCUUACUACGCAAUGAUACUAUUGGAUGCACUGACACCAUGUCGUUUUCGGAAUGCGACAUUCAGUUUGGUUACCAUACUGCCCAUAUGGCCAUGACAUGCCUGCAACCAUUGGUCACCCUGUUCUUAAUUCCUGAGGCCAACACGAGGUCCAGUCCUGACCGGUCGGGACUGCUAAAGUGCAGUGUUCUGAAUCGUUUCUUUGGCUGCUACAAGUAUUAUUUCCCAGAGGUUACCUGCGGUCCAUCCAGUAUUCUGGAUGUUGUGAACAUCACGGGAAAUGCUUACCACAGGAUAUUGCGCCUUAGCCAGAAUAUGUCCAUGAUUCAGAAUUUGUCGAGAUAUGGCGAGGUGGACUACGCAUCAUGUACAGUAUCUGACAGCUUCCCUGCAUAUGGCCAGUGUGAAGAGGGUGUGAAUCUUGUGUAUGACGUUGCCAGCACAUGUCUAAUGCCGACUGCAGUGUCUAUCCAACCCUACAACUUGUCUCUAUGCUACUUGCAAUACAGCCUUCCAUCGUGCAUCAAUCAAGAGUUUUUCAGCCCUUGCGACGGGGAAAGUAAUGAAAAUGGACUAGCAAGACUGAACCGCGCUCUCGACCUGUACCCUGAGUUUGUGGAAAACAUUACUGGAGGCUACCAUCCCACAACAUGCAAUUGCCAGAUAAAAUUUGAAAAUGCCAGCGCUUCCUGGAACCUGUCCAUGGCAUACCAGAUGGCCAUACAAUUUGCCUCGUACAUGACUGAAGCAGAACGUUGCAGUGUAUUUUCGGCCCUUCAUGAGAGGUUUCAAGGAUUCAUUCGGGGAGUAGUUCCAGGGUGCUACAGUCAUUAUGAUGAGUGGUUCAACCAGACACAACUACCGAGACUAUUCUCGUACCUUGGUGGUCCAGUACGACUGAACUGUUCAGGUGAUUGUUCCUACCACUGGCUCUUGCAGUUUGUGCAGUGCUAUGAGAAUUUAACAAACGGCGGACCAUGCGGAUUCCGAGAGUGCAUACAGAGGCCAACAUCACGAUGUGUACUGAAUGAUACAGUUGUUCUGAAAAAUGUCACCGAUUUCUACAAACGUUUUCAUAACAUGGACAUUCCACCCUGCUAUUAUGUGGGUAACUGUUCCUGUCUUUGGUACGAGGAAUGCAGAUCAAACGGCUCCUGCUCCUGUCCAGAAUACUGCAACACACAGUAUGACCCAGUGUGCGCUCAGUAUCCAAAUGGUACAUUGGUUACCAAGAGUAACAUGUGUGAACUGAAACGAGAAUCGUGUACCAUGGGAGGAAUGAUCAGAUUGUACACGCAAGAACAGUGUCCAGUGGAUAACUGUUCCUGUCUUUGGUACGAGGAAUGCAGAUCAAACGGCUCCUGCUCCUGUGCAGAAAACUGCGCCACACAGUAUGACCCAGUGUGCGCUCAGUAUCCAAAUGGUACAUUGGUUACCAAGAGUAACAUCUGUGAACUGAAACGAGAAUCGUGUACCAUGGGAGGAAUGAUCAGAUUGUACACGCAAGAACAGUGUCCAGGGGGUAACUGUUCCUGUCUAUGGUACGAGGAAUGCAGAUCAAACGGCUCCUGCUCCUGUGCAGAAAACUGCGCCACACAGUAUGACCCAGUGUGCGCUCAGUAUCCAAAUGGUACAUUGGUUACCAAGAGUAACAUCUGUGAACUGAAACGAGAAUCGUGUACCAUGGGAGGAAUGAUCAGAUUGUACACGCAAGAACAGUGUCCAGUGGUGUGAUGAUCGUUUGCAGCCUGAAAAACCGGACAGAAUAUUGGGCAAAUAAAACUUUAUAAUGUGUUUAAUUAUGACUUUAAAGUUUAACUGUUAGUUAUCCAAAAUUAGAGUAUACAGUGCUUUGAUUAUGCACACGAAACUGUUUUUACUUCGCUUUAUUAAUUAAAAACAUUUAUUAAACAUACAUAUCUUGUUUUCAAUUUUCGAUCAUGCUUUGAAAAGUGUUUAUAUUUAUGUAUAAGUGAUGUUUAUAUAUUGUAACAUGUAUUUUUAACAUUCAAAUGAAUAAAGUUUUUAAAUAUUUGAAAAAUAAUUAUUAAAUACGCUUCUUUUUUAUACGUGUUAAAAAAUGAUUAUUAAAUACGCUUCUUUUUUAUUCGUGCUUUGUUUCGCUUUGAAUCGAGUCCUUUUUAUAUUUCUUCUAUGUGUAUACUCAUCUUUGAAUAAUCAGAUUUCGUUAAUAAAGAUAUAAAUAUA